GUUGACCGGCUUGGAUCGCCAGACGCCGGCAAUCGUCGCCAGCCCACAAGCCCGUCUAUCAUCUGUCGCGCUUAACAACUGCGUUGUGUUUCGUCCGGUCCCUCUUAUCGGAACCCCCUGGAGAGCGGCCAGAGAGAUUACAGUCGGCAGAAUUUCUCCCGGGCGCGCGUCCCCUAUCUCUUUUUUCACAAACACCUCCGACGAUCUAGGGUGUUUUGAAGCGGCGUCCACUCCCCCCUCCUCGUACCUCGCGACUGACCACAGCCCAGAAGCCGGUUGCGAGGCGACCAGGAAAGAAAAAAACCUGCUCCGCUACUAUAGAGCUUCCUGAUCAACCGAACACACCCAGUCGUCGAAAGGAAACCAGCCGGAACGGCCGAUCAUGGCGAAAAUUCAGUGUGGACCCGUGGUCGACAUCCUGGGGGACGAGAUGACGAGAGUCAUCUGGGACCUAAUCAAGGAGAAGCUCAUUCUUCCAUUCUUAGAUGUUGAGCUGCACAUUUAUGACCUUGGCAUUGAAAACCGGGAUCGUACGGAUGAUCAGGUCACCAUUGACUGUGCUCACGCCAUCCAAAAGUACAAGGUUGGCAUCAAGUGUGCCACCAUCACGCCCGACGAGAAGCGCGUCACGGAGUUCAAGCUCAAACAGAUGUGGCGCUCGCCCAACGGGACCAUCCGUAACAUCCUGGGCGGCACUGUCUUCCGCGAGGCCAUCAUCUGCCGCAACGUGCCACGCCUUGUGACCGGCUGGACGAAGCCUAUCGUUAUCGGCCGUCAUGCCUACGGGGACCAGUACAGGGCCACCGACUUUGUCGUUCCGGGGCCCGGCACUCUCGAGAUCAAGUUCACACCCAGUGCCGCAGGCGAGCCGCCGCUGCAGUUCAAGGUGCACGAGUUCCAGAACACGGGAGGUGUGGCCAUGGCCAUGUUCAACACUGACAAGUCUAUAACAGACUUUGCACACAGCUCCUUCAAGUUCGCACUGCAGAGAGAGCUACCACUGUACCUCAGUACCAAGAACACAAUCCUCAAGAAGUAUGAUGGCCGGUUCAAGGACAUAUUUCAGGAGAUUUAUGAUAAGCAGUACAAGUCCGACUUUGAGAAGCGCGGCGUGUGGUACGAGCACAGGCUCAUCGACGACAUGGUCGCCCAGGCCAUGAAGUCUGAGGGAGGCUUUGUUUGGGCCUGCAAGAACUACGACGGCGACGUGCAGUCUGACGCUGUGGCACAAGGUUAUGGUUCCCUGGGCAUGAUGACGAGCGUCCUUGUGUGCCCCGACGGCGAGACCCUGGAAGCCGAGGCGGCCCACGGCACCGUGACUCGGCACUACAGGAUGUACCAGAAGGGCCAGGAGACCUCCACUAACCCCAUUGCGUCCAUCUUUGCCUGGACCCGAGGGCUUGCCCACCGAGCCAAGUUGGACGGCAACAACGAGCUGGCCAAGUUCUGCACCUCACUAGAAGCUGUCUGCAUCGAAACCAUUGAGGCUGGCUUCAUGACAAAGGAUCUGGCCAUUUGCAUCAAGGGCAUGUCCGGCGUCCAGCGUAGCGACUACCUCAACACAUUCGAGUUUCUUGACAAGCUCGCCGACAACCUGAAGAAGAAGCUUGGCAAGUGACUAGGCCGCCUGUGAAGUUGUUGGGGUGCCGGUUCUACCGUCAGACCGUCUGCGAUGGCGACACUUAGGAGCGAGUGGACUACACAAGCAGUGGACCACGCCAAAAGCAUGUUGAUCAGAAAAUACCAUCGCGUGACGUCACGCAGCCUUUGAACUGUACAUUUUGAAAUUGGCAGAACUCUCGAGUUAGUUCACUCGAACUUCUGUCGGGAGCUAGAAAAUUUUGCUUCCCGCGAUGUGCACAAAGGCAGCACACAUAUGGUAAAGUGUAUUUGAACUUAGGUCUGGUUUGCAGAGGCAGAGAGCUAAUACGCCAUCACGAUAGAUAUUAUUGGCCAGCACCAAUGCUAUCCCACAUCUAUUUUUCACUCUAAAAGUGAACGUUACAAAUGGUCAUCUGUCUCCAAAUAAAGCUGGACCAGUGAAUUCAGGAACCGGAUUCGUGUGGUAAGGUAGCAGUAAGAAAAUGUGAAAAUUACGUGUCAAGUACACUUAUAAAAGAUUUAAGAAGUAAAUUUGCAUUCUGGGCUUGCAUUUGACAAUGUUCAAGCAGAGGUGUUCAAUGUAAAGAACUGGCAUGCAGACCAACUUAAUCGUACGGAGAUGCAAGCCCAGCUUACAUGUGAGGCACUUUGCGAGGUCUAGUAUUCCACGCGCUUCUGAUGUGGUUUCGCGAGAGGCUGCAUUUCCUGUCUUUUUCCGUUAACAACUUCCAGUGGCCAUCAUUCAACGAAACACCCUCUCCUUUUCUCCUGUGGUGCAUAAGACUCGAAACUUCUGUAUUUCUAUGCAAGAGAAAUAUAUUUUUACAUUAAUA